CAUGAUGACCUUUCCGGCGACGAGGUAUCGAGACCCACUCCGACCAAAUCAUGGCCUAAUCACACGCAAAUCCGCAACCUUCCAAGCCCUCCCAUCAAUCAAAAUCAUCCUAUAUAGCACCGUGCUCCCUCCACCCCUCGUCACCGGCUCACCGCAACACGCCUCCCCCAGUUCCACUCCGUUUCCCAAGCACACGCUAGCUCCCUUCGCUUCACGUGUCCAUCUCCACCCCCGACCACCAACCGUCGCCAACUUGCCAUGGAGAAGACCUAGCCAGCUUGUAGUACUACCUUUUCGUCCUUGGGAGUCGGGAGAGGGAUCCUCCGGAGCUGGCCGAGGCAUGGCAUUGGAGGCCGCGGUGUUCUCCCGCGCUGCUGCUGCUCGUCUCUUCGGUCGCUGCGCCAUGGCCGGGGCGGGAGGAGCUUGGAAUGGCCUGUUCGGUGGAGGUGAAGGGUUGGCCGGCUUGGACGGCGGGGACUGGGACGCCGACGCCGUCGCGGCGGCGUGCUCGUCCAUGCUGCUGCCUCAUGCUGCGUUCCAGGAGCUGGAUAUCUCUGUCCCCGGCGCCGCCACUACCCCGCCGCAGGAGGGGACUGGAGUUCCCGGCGCCGAGUUGAACGCGGCCGGCGUGGGCGAGGAUAAUGCUACGCCGAUGACCGCGGCGGCGACGGGGCGGAGGAAGCGGCGGCGGACGAGGACGGCCAAGAACUCGGAGGAGGUGGAGAGCCAGCGGAUGACCCACAUUGCCGUCGAGCGCAACCGCCGCAAGCAGAUGAACGAGUACCUCGCCGCGCUCCGCUCCCUCAUGCCGCCCUCCUACGCGCAAAGGGGUGAUCAGGCGUCUAUCGUCGGAGGUGCGAUCAACUUCGUCAAGGAGCUGGAGCAGCUGCUCCAGACCCUGGAGACGCACAGGCAGGCACGGGAACGCGCGGCCGCCGUCGACGGCGGGGAAGCGCAGCCACCGCCGUUCGCCAACUUCUUCACCUUCCCGCAGUACUCGAUGAGCGCCACCUCGGCACCGGCGCCUCCUCCUCCAGCCAACAACGAUGAGGGUGCCGACGGCGGCGCCGAGGCCGAGGCGUCCGGGUCAAAGCCGUCGGCGGUGGCGGACGUGGAGGUGACCAUGGUGGAGAGCCACGCCAACCUGCGGAUGCUGUCCCGGCGGCGGCCGAGGCAGCUGCUGCGGCUGCUGGUGGGGCUGCAGGGCCACCGGCUCACAGUGCUGCACCUCAACAUGAGCAGCGCCGGCCACAUGGUGCUCUACUCGCUCAGCCUCAAGGUGGAGGACGAUAGUCAACUUACCUCCGUGGAUGAGAUCGCCACCGUGGCCCAUCAGAUCGUCGAGAAGAUCCAAGAAGAGGAAGAACUUACCGCGGCGGCUUAAUUAGGGCAUGCAGCAUCUCACAUUAUAUUACGCGACAUUAGUUGAUUCUAGCAAGUGAAGUGAUGACUCGUGUGCAAACAAAUAAAGUCCAUCUCUGCCUAGCAGCUUAGUGAAGCUGAAUCCAUGGAUGAAAAAUGAUGAAUUUGUUCGUUCAUAAAA